GCCGAGCCGGGUUGCUAAGGAAGUGAGCCGCCACUGUCUCUCCCCAUCCGGGGCAGCGGGGAAUGGCUGAACUCCGGGUUUGCCGCCGCCGCCGCUGCCGCCAACCGCUUUCGGCCCCGGCCGCAGGACCUUAGCAUCUUAAAACACUUUGGAUUCAUAGCCCUCAAGAUUGACACGGUCCGAUUCAUCAUGUCAAAAUUAAAAAGCUCAGAGUCAGUCAGGGUGGUGGUCCGAUGUAGGCCCAUGAAUGGCAAGGAAAAGGCCGCUUCGUAUGACAAGGUUGUGGAUGUGGACGUGAAGCUGGGGCAGGUGUCUGUGAAGAACCCCAAAGGAGUGGCCCAUGAAAUGCCCAAGACCUUCACUUUUGAUGCAGUCUAUGACUGGAAUGCCAAGCAGUUUGAACUGUAUGAUGAGACAUUUCGGCCACUUGUGGACUCCGUCCUCCAGGGUUUCAAUGGUACCAUUUUUGCCUAUGGACAAACUGGGACUGGGAAAACCUAUACAAUGGAAGGUGUCCGUGGUGACCCUGAAAAAAGAGGGGUCAUCCCUAACUCGUUUGAUCACAUCUUUACCCAUAUUUCUCGAUCCCAGAAUCAGCAGUACCUGGUCAGGGCUUCUUACUUAGAGAUUUACCAGGAGGAGAUUCGAGAUCUGCUCUCAAAGGAUCAGACCAAAAGGCUUGAGCUCAAAGAGAGGCCUGACACUGGAGUGUAUGUGAAAGACCUGUCUUCCUUUGUCACCAAGAGCGUGAAGGAAAUAGAGCAUGUGAUGAAUGUGGGGAACCAGAACCGCUCUGUCGGUGCUACCAACAUGAACGAGCACAGUUCGCGUUCUCAUGCAAUUUUUGUUAUCACUAUUGAGUGCAGUGAGGUGGGUCUUGAUGGAGAAAACCACAUCCGUGUAGGGAAAUUGAACCUUGUAGAUCUUGCUGGUAGUGAACGGCAAGCCAAGACUGGUGCACAAGGGGAAAGAUUAAAAGAAGCAACCAAGAUCAACCUGUCCCUUUCGGCCUUGGGUAAUGUCAUCUCUGCCCUCGUGGAUGGCAAAAGCACUCACAUUCCAUAUCGGGACUCCAAGCUCACCAGGCUCCUCCAAGAUUCUCUCGGUGGCAAUGCUAAAACUGUGAUGGUGGCCAAUGUGGGGCCUGCCUCUUACAAUGUAGAAGAGACUCUGACCACUCUGAGAUAUGCCAACCGUGCCAAAAACAUUAAGAACAAGCCAAGGGUCAAUGAGGACCCUAAGGAUGCCCUCCUUCGAGAAUUCCAGGAAGAGAUAGCCCGGCUCAAAGCCCAGCUGGAAAAACGGUCCGUUGGCAGGAGGAAGAGGCGAGAGAAGCGGAGGGAAGGUGGUGGCAGCGGUGGGGGUGGGGAGGAGGAGGAGGAGGAGGGAGAGGAGGGUGAGGAGGAAGGGGAUGAUAAAGAUGAUUACUGGCGGGAACAGCAAGAAAAACUGGAGAUUGAAAAGCGGGCCAUUGUAGAGGACCACAGCUUGGUUGCAGAGGAAAAGAUGAGGCUGCUGAAGGAGAAAGAGAAAAAAAUGGAGGACCUGCGGCGGGAGAAGGACGCUGCUGAGAUGCUGGGCGCCAAAAUCAAGGCCAUGGAGAGUAAACUGCUUGUUGGAGGAAAAAAUAUAGUAGAUCAUACAAAUGAACAGCAGAAAAUCCUGGAGCAGAAACGGCAGGAAAUUGCAGAGCAGAAACGUCGAGAAAGAGAAAUCCAGCAACAGAUGGAAAGUCGAGAUGAGGAGACCUUGGAACUUAAAGAGACUUACAGCUCACUGCAGCAAGAGGUGGACAUCAAGACCAAAAAACUCAAAAAGCUCUUUUCCAAGCUUCAGGCAGUGAAGGCAGAGAUCCACGACCUCCAGGAAGAGCACAUCAAGGAGCGUCAGGAGCUGGAGCAGACUCAGAAUGAGUUCACCAGGGACCUGAAACUCAAGCACCUUAUUAUAGAAAACUUUAUCCCUCUGGAAGAAAAAAGUAAAAUUAUGAAUAGAUCCUUCUUUGAUGAAGAGGAAGAUCAUUGGAAAUUACAUCCUAUAACCAGACUGGAGCUGAAAACAUUGUGCUGUUGGAGCUGGACAUGCCCAGCCGGACCACCAGAGACUAUGAAGGCCCAGCCAUUGCCCCCAAAGUCCAGGCUGCAUUGGAUGCAGCUCUGCAGGAUGAAGAUGAGAUACAGGUGGAUGCAUCAUCCUUUGAAAGCUCUGCAAAUAAGAAAUCUAAGGCCAGGCCUAAAAGCGGAAGGAAGUCGGGAUCCUCUUCCUCUUCCUCAGGAACCCCUGCAUCUCAGCUUUAUCCACAGUCUCGGGGGCUGGUUCCAAAGUAAAGCCAGUUCCUCCUUUCCCGGGGUGGAAACAGCAUUUGCCUUCUGAAAGAAGAGACCAACAGAAACCUUCAGAGAGGACUCAGAAUCAUUCCCCUGGGGAGAAGCAAUGAUCUCUUUGCAGAUUAACCAACUUGAUCUGGUAGAAACGUGCUGGUCCUAAUCUGGCACUCUGCUCCUCUGGGAAAUGUCCUUUAAUUAGCAUCUCAGAAAUGCAUGGGUAUGGUCGAGUGAGGUAGUUGAAGUGGAAAGCAAGAGAAUGACCAGUGACCUUGCUUCCCCUCUCCCUUCCCUUGCCCUCCCUUCCACUCCACUCCUUUUCUAGCCUGUUCUUUACACUGGGCUCCCUUCUUGUUGAACACUAGGACAGAAUCAAGAGUCACCUUAGCAGAACCAAGUCUUUGGAGCCUCAGCGUAAAACAACAGUGAGGUUGAAAAGUGAAAGCCCUAGAACUUGAGCAGGCACUCGUUCUUGUAGGUAGAAAUGAAAUCUCAUUUGGAUCCCGGCCCCCAGAGGACAUGAUCCACGCACCUCAGUAAGAAGUGAAUCUUCUCAAUGAGGAAAUGUUUUCCAAGGAAGCCACCAAUUUCUGCUCCUGAAGGGUUCGAUGUUGGAAGCAAUAGAAAUAACAUUCCCUUUGCCUCCUUGGAGAGUUUAGGGAACAGCUUCUUUAAAACCUCAAAACCAUGACCAUCCUGUCAAAGACAUGAAUCUGUAAGCUGAAACCAUGUCCAUAUACCGUGUCACUUUGCUCUUUGUUCAUCACCAUCUUUUCCCAUGCACACAUACUCUGAGCGUCCCUGCCUAGAACCCAUCCUCUGCCUCCAGAGUAGGCCAGCUGUAUGGGAGAAGGGAGGCUGGAUCUGCCUUCUCUAAUAGGAUAAGUUGGGGAAACAAGACAUAUAGUGGCACUUUUGAAUUCCCAAUUUUGUUUGUUUUUUGCAUAGAGAACAUAAAGGUGACUAGGCAGAUGCAGAGACAGAGACAUGAGGCUUGGUGCAGGGGAAAGGAACGUGCAACAGUUGGGAGUAAUGAAUUCCUGCCUGCCUUCAGCGGAAGACUCACUUGGUCCUAGAAGUGUGGCUCCCGGCAGGCAGCGCCUAAGAUGGUGGAGUGACUGGAGGAUUGAAGAGGUUCAGAGGAGAGAGUAGGAAUUCCUGUUUACAUACACUAGUUUGGUUUUUAAGUUUUAGUUCUUUGUAUUACUGAAAUGCAAAGGUUCAUUCUAUGUUGGUCAUUAGAUGAAUGUUACUCAUUUCCCCCAGGAGAAGCUCAUAAGUGUGUGUGGGUGUGCAAGUGCAAUGGUGCCUGUGUUCUUUGAAUGUGUCCAUGUGUGUCUGUAAGAGAGAGAGAGAGACCAAGAACUUGCCCAAUUUUAGAAAUAACACGAAUGUGCAGUUGUUGCCUUGUCUGUAUUAAAGGCCCACUGAAUGACUAAUUCAGGCUGGAAGCACUCUCAGGUGGGUGUCAGAGUCCAUGAGCCAAGCCUGAGGGUCAGUAUGAGUCCCCAGGUCUGCCACACUGGUGCACUGUGCUGGCACGGUGCCUCAGGAAGGUGGCGACACAGGUGGGCCUUGAGUUAUAUUUGAACUUAGCUGCUCAGUUCCCAGGGCACAUUUUUGGGUCAGAACCCAUGGGAAAUGUCUUAGCAUUCUACAGACAGAGAUCUGUCAUCUGGCAGCUUAUCUCCUUUUUAGUUAACAUUCAUUCUGAACCCAGGGCACUAUUCAGCAAUUUCCAGAGCAUAAUGGAGCCUUUUCUCAUCUUUCUUGGGAUCAAACCUUGCUUUCUUAUUUACUAAGAAUUAACCUGUUUGAAUAAGGAACCAAGUGAUGAGAUGGAUAGCCUAAGGUGGUUAUCUGCUGGUUACACCUGUCUCUCACACAAUGUUUCCUCAAAGCUUGUCUGAAUUCUGUAGGCUGAAAACAUUCAUCUAGCAAGUCUGAGAACUGAACACUGCAGAUAACACUAUACCUUAAUAUCGAUGUCUUGAGGUGGCAAUUCUGACCAACGAUGGUUGUGACCAUAGAACUUUUCUAAGAAGGCAGAAGAAGAAAGCCAAGUUGGCAGGCAUAAUUACUGAAACACGCUUGCCUUGUACUCAGCUGUGUUCAUCUGGCAGUCUGUGCGAUGUGGAAGAACACCUGUACGGAGGAGAAGCUGUCCCUUCCCAGUCUCCGGUGCUUUCCUUCUCUCAAAAUGGAUCUGAGGAGUAGUUGGAUAGAGCAGGCAGUAGUAGAAUGUCUUACUGCUACUAGAAAGCUGCUGCUGUGGGCUCUGAAUUGAGCCAGAUGUGUAGAGGGCCAACCAAGCCCAAUAAGGAACCAAGUUUUCAUGUCUGUAGUCAUGCUAGAAUGUUCCAAGCCAUCUGAGGACCUUCCUGACAGCAGCAGCUAGUGAAAUCUAGAAGCAAGUCUAAACAGGAUCUAAGUCAGUCAUCUGGGAGGAGUUUGAGACUGUGGGUGCAACCCUCGCCAGACCUCUUUUUGCUCUAAUCAGUAGGAAUGUAUCUGGCUUCAUAUUUUAAAGUCACAUGUCUCCCGGACCCCUGGAUUCAGAACCCAAGGCUACAAACCAUAGGCAUGAAGCACUUUCUUAAGACUGUGACCUAAUGUUGGAUUGUUUCCUCAUUGAUUGCCUGCAUGCUGCUUGAAUUGCACCACCCACACCUCUGUGACCGAGGGUGUCAGAGAGUUCUGCAGCUCAGGCGUGGGCCACUCUCUGCUUUUCUGGUUUGACUUUUGUAAGUCCUCCCUCACUGAAUGUAGAAUCGUUGCCAAGUUUCUGAGAAGUGUUGAUUCCCUGUUAACAUGGGAUAUCAGUUCUGCCUCACAUUUUCCCACUUGAGAUCAAGGCUCACUGCAAACACCUUGGACUGUCUCAACACCAUUAGUGGAUGAAAAUGGAGCUAUUAAUAUACUCUAAAAGCCAUAAUCAAAAUGCUCACAGGGAACUGGAUAAGAAUAGUUGGCCUGGCUAUUGUCUGUCAUGCAAGGUUUUGUCUUGCACUGUUUGGAAAUCUGCCACCUUUCUCCUCGCUUUUGUUUCUUGAAUGAAAUGCUUUGAGGUUAUUUAUGAAAGGAGUGAUCCUGGGCCAGGAGAGGCCGUGGGCUUUCUGGCUCUUUGGAGUUACUGUUAAUCUUGACCUUCUCUUUGACUACUUUUAGACAAAGAAUAUGCCAAUACUUGGGGCUCUUAAGUUUUACAAUUGAUAUUUAUUUGUAUCAUCUCUUUGUCUAGGAAUGUAAGAGUGAUUCUAAACUAAAAUGUGUAAUAAAAGUCAAUCAGAUUUAUUGUACCUACAAAAAGGUGUCCUCAAAUGACUAAUGCUUUUGAAAAUGACAUGCCCAUGUCUGACACACUGCUGUUUUUUUAAAAAUAUUUGAAUUUUUCCAGUGAAAGGAGGGUGGGAGUGGAAAAUGAAGAUUGAGUUGGAAUGUUGGCAUUAAAAAAAUACAGCAACAAGGUUAAGGGACAAAGGAAAAAAGAGUGACAAGUGAGUCUUGUGUUUUUCCAUGGAGCUUCCUGAGAGAGGCCUGGACAACAGGCAUGAAAUUUCUUUUUUAACUUUUGUGUUUUGUCUUUUAAAUUUCUUACAUAUUAUCUUUUCAAAUAUAUGUCUUUUUAUUUAACACAAAAAUAUCAUGUUAUUUACCAUCAGGAAAAAACCAGAAUCCCAGAAGUGGGCCACAUGUUGGUUUUGUCCUUUCCCUUAUGCUCGGGCCUACUGCGUGCCCCUGGGGGUUGUGCACCCUGGUUGAGAAGUAGAGACUGAGCCAAAGAAGCACAGACCUUGGGCUCUAAGCAGGGUUUGAAUUCUGGUUGUGCCUCUGCUUCCUAGCUGUAUGACUGUGAGGAAUCUGACCUCUUGGAAUCUUGACAUCCUUGUCUGUAAAAUGGGGUGAUAAUCCUUACCUUGCAGGGCCACUGUGAGGACUAACCAUGCAUUUAAAGCAGCAAUCACAAGAGUAUGAAGACUAGAGCAGACAUUUGUAAAAAUAUGUUUAUUGCCCUGACAGGGCCCUGUGUUCAGAAGGCACCGUGAACAGUUUGUAUCCCAAGAAACUAAAAGCUGGUACUGAGCAUACCGUGUUUAGAAAAUCUGAGGCCUCUAUUGAAAAGCUGCUAACCAUUUAACAAAGUUAUGCUGAGUACCUACUGUGUGCCACACCAUUCUGGAAUCGGAUGUGUAGAUGUGAGCAACACUGACAUGGCCCCUGCCUGCCCAGAGCUUGUAUUUGAAUGGGAAGGGAGCUGGGGUAAGUGUUAACCAAAUGCACACGAACAUGUAAUUACAGAUUAUGACAAUGUCACAAAGUGAUGUUACUGGAUAUUAUAAGAGAAUAAUAGGGGCCACAUUUGGAUUGGGUAGGUAAGUAAGGGAAAGGCUUUCUGAAGAAAUGGCAUUUGUAGUUAGAUCUAGAGGACAAGGAGUUAGCUGGGCUAGAGAGGAGGAGGGAAGAGAAUUUGUGAAGGUCUUGUAUAGAAGUAGAAUUGCACAAAAAGGUAUCUGCAGUCCUUUUUUACCCUCACUAGAGGGAAGCACAGAGAACUGUAGAAAAGAUGAUAGUAUAGGACUUAAUACCAAUGAGAAAUUUAAAGAGCAUAGAGAGGACAGUAGCCUGUGUGACUAGGCAAAUGAUUUUUAAUAGUGUUUCUUCAUAAGAUGUCCUCAAACAAUGUGUAAUGUCCUUGUAUCCCACCUUUCCUUCCAAAAAUAAUGAAAAACUAUAGCUUGGCUUAGCCUAAAUAAUUACUAGUUUAGAAAAGUUCAAAAUCCAUUAGCCACUUAGCAAGAGUUCAAAGUAUGAUUUGAAAAAUUAUGAGCAUGUUCUUGAAAGUGGCAGAAUGCUGGGUUGGGCCGGGGGCUAAUUCAGAGGGGGAGGUACUGGGCAGGACAGCUUGGCAACUUUGAAUUUCCUGUCACUCACCAACUUGUCUCAUCUUUUGAACUACUAAAAAAAAAAAUAAAGAAAUUAUCUUGUGUGAUUCAGAAAUGUGUAUUUGAAUACAGUAUAUAUACAACAAGAAAUACACAUUUGGUCUUUGUCCCUGAAGAACUCCUACAACCUUUGGAAUUUCCUGAGUGAAAGGUUUAAUAGCAGUAUCUUUUGGUAUUGCUUACAAGCCCCUUUCAGUCAUACCUGAGCUUAUGCUAAUCAAGUGACUCUAGGUGGGCCCCUAGAUAGCUUCAGGAUGGGGGGCUGAUUCCAGAGGAACCAUUCAUAUGAUUGGAAGGCAGUAACUUCAGCUCCAGCCCCUGACCUCCAGGGAGGGAAGAGGAACUGGAGAUUGAGGGGAUGACCACUGAUUUAAUCAAUCAUGUCAAUGUAAUACAACCUCAUAAAAGCCCUAAACAAUGGGGGUUUGGGGAGCACCCAGGUUGGUGAACACAUGGAGGUGCAUGGAGGCUCCAUGUCCCUCUCCCUAUACCUUGCACUAUGCAUUUCUUCCAUUUGGCUGUUCCUGAAUUUCAUCUUUUAUAAUAAAUUGGUAAUUGUUAACUAAAGGCCCUUUUUGAGUUCUGUGAGCCAUUCUAGCAAUCAUCCAACCUGAGGGAGUGGGUCAUGGGAACCCCCAAUUUAUAGCCAAUUUAUUAAUCAGAAGGACAGUGGCACUUUUGGACUGGCAUCUGAAGUGGGGGCAGUUUUGUGGGACUGAGCCCUUAACCUGUGGAACCUAUGCUAACUCCAGGUAUUAUCAGUAUUGUGGGACACCCAGUUGAUAUCUGGAGAAUCGGAGAAUUGUUUGUUGUGUGGAGGGAAAAAUCCCAUACAUUUGAUUGUCAGAAGGGUUGUGAAUAAAAA